CGGUAUCGAGACAAGGUUGAGACCUGGGCGAUCCUCGCGCAUGAAAACAUAGUUCUUCUUCUCGGAACGACAGACGGGUUUGGGCCAUACACAGCCCUUGUCUUUCCAUGGUUUCCAGACGGCACACUCCUCCGCCUUAUCGCAGACCAGGGUGCUAGAUUGAACAUUAGGUCGAGGUUGAAUCUGCUUCACGGCAUAGCGUCUGGACUUGAGUAUCUUCACCGGUCGGGCAUUAUUCAUGGAGACAUUACAAGUUCCAAUAUUUUGGUGGACUUCAAGGAAGGGGAAUACCAAGCAUGUCUCACAGACAUUGGGUUGGCGACUGUUCUUGGCGGCCGUUUGGGGAACCGCAUGAUUGAAGGAUCAAACGUUCGAUCUGGCGCGAUCAGGUGGAUUGCGCCUGACUUGCUUACCGCAGGCGGCAGCCCGACCAUGCAGAACGAUAUGUAUUCCUUUGGUCGUGUCAUGUUUCAUGUGAGUCUGAAGUUUGCCAGCCCUUAUCCGCUUUGUGACGUGAUCACCUAUGUUCAGGCUUUCGCCUUGGUCAUCCCUUGGCACGAUGUCCACUAUGACUUUUCAGUCCUUCAAAGAAUUCUCAAUGGGGACGUCAUAUCACGCCCUGUGACACCGGAUGCGACAGAUAUAACCGACGCACGCUGGAAUGAGAUUGAGAAGUGUUGGUCAGCUGCAGGGUCUCGUCCAUCC